AUGCGAAGAAAUCAUCAGAAGUCUCAAUUCAAACCCUUCCAAGUGCCAUCCCAGAGACGUUCCAAUGUCUCCCCGUCCCAGAACAGUAGAACCGGUAUCAUCGACCAGAGACUCAUCGAAGGCGCCCAGCAGCUACGGUACACCACUCCAUCCCCCAGAAAGCCAUUCAGUGAAUUGAUGUCAUCGAUUCUUGAUAAAGACCCCGAGCUGGAUGCCUUUGAUCUGGAACUACUAGCCUCGGAAGAUAGAGACGAGGCACUCGAAGAUGCAGGCUUUAUAGCCCCCAGGCCUAAUCUGCUUGAAGUAUCUCGCGGGUCUAAUAUUGAACCACCACGGUUCUCACGUUUCUUUCCAUCAAGCUCGAAUAUCACGCCUUAUUGUGGGAGUGGAUCCAGCUCAUCGGAUCCUUUGUUGGGACUACCUUCGAGCCCACUGGAGUUCCGCCGGAAGGAAGACGGGAUACGAUUGGGACAGCGCAGUCUGGAGACAAACUGCGGCCCAGACCGUGAGGGGGUCAAUCAAUCCUCAGCUCAGGAAUUGGUCACUCAAGGGAGCCCAAAGGGCUUGCAUACCAACAGAAAAUAUCUAAACCCCUUCAGCAAUAUCCCCCCGUCUGUGCGAGGAAUCGUCCUUGUAUCGGUGAACGAUCUACCGGAGAACUACCGCUCGAUGUUCCCCUUCCCACUAUUCAAUGCCAUUCAAUCCAAAUCAUUUCACUCCGUCUACAACAGUAAUGAGAACAUCGUCCUCUCCGCUCCAACCGGAAGCGGCAAGACAGUAAUCAUGGAGUUGGCCAUAUGCAGACUUCUCAACACUCUGAAGGACGAACGCUUCAAAGUUGUCUAUCAAGCACCCACAAAGUCGCUCUGCAGCGAGCGCUUCCGAGACUGGCACUCCAAGUUCUCCAGCCUGAGCCUUAAGUGUGCAGAAUUGACUGGAGAUACGGACCACAUGCAAUUGCGCAACGUCCAAACUAGCCAGAUCAUUAUCACGACGCCCGAGAAAUGGGAUAGCAUGACACGCAAGUGGAAAGAUCACAUGAAGUUGAUGCAGCUGGUGAAGCUCUUUCUCAUUGACGAGGUGCAUAUUCUGAAAGAGACGCGGGGAGCUACACUUGAGGCUGUGGUAUCCCGAAUGAAAAAUAUCGGAUCAAAUGUGAGAUUUGUGGCGUUGAGCGCUACUGUUCCCAACUCGGAGGAUAUCGCGACCUGGCUUGGGAAGGAUGCGACAAAUCAGCAUGUUCCAGCCCACCGAGAGCAUUUCGGUGAGGAAUUCCGUCCUGUCACGCUGACGAAGAUUGUCUAUGGGUAUCCGUCUAGUUUGAAUGACUUCGCGUUUGAUAAGGUCUGUGGUUCAAAAUUACCUGAAGUCAUUGGAAUGCAUUCAUGCCAGAAGCCAAUCAUGAUAUUCUGUUGCACGAGAAACUCAUCGCUCGCGACAGCGAAAGAACUGGCUCGUCUUUGGACGCUGACGAACCCACCGGCCAGAAAUUGGAAGGAACCUCAGAGACGACUCGAAGCUCACAAUGAGGACCUCAAGACAACACUCGCUGCUGGUGUAGCAUUUCACCACGCUGGUUUGGGCCCUGCUGAUCGCCACACUGUCGAAACGGGGUUCAGAGAAGGUAAUGUAAGCGUGAUAUGCUGUACGUCGACACUUGCGGUUGGAGUAAAUCUGCCAUGCCACCUGGUGAUAAUCAAAAACACUGUCAGUUGGCAAGACGGUGGCUGCAAGGAGUACUCGGAUUUAGAGAUGAUGCAAAUGUUAGGCCGGGCGGGCCGACCCCAGUUUGAUGACAGUGCAACAGCAGUCAUUCUCACGAGGAAGGAGCGCGUAGCGCAUUACGAGAGACUAGUUCAGGGCUCUGAGAGUUUGGAAAGCUGCUUGCACUUGAACCUUAUCGAUCACCUCAACGCUGAGAUUGGCCUGGGCAAUAUCUCGGAUGUCGAAUCUGCUGUUAAAUGGCUUGCUGGUACUUUCCUGUUUGUCAGGCUCCGUCGAAAUCCUACGCACUACAAGCUGAAAGAAGGUGCAAAUAAGGAGGACGAAGAUGAGUUGCUUCGCCAGAUCUGUGAAAAGGAUAUCGAUCUUCUUCGAAAGUGCGAGCUGGUAGAGGCUGAUAGCCUUCGUUCGACACAAUUUGGCGAAGCCAUGGCCCGCUAUUACAUUCAGUUCGAGACGAUGAAAGUGCUAUUGUCAUUGAAGGCACAAGCAGGCAUAUCCGAGAUCCUCAAUGCGAUUGCACAAGGCGAGGAAUUCCGCGAGAUUCGCCUCAAGGCCGGUGAGAAAUCACUCUAUCGAGAGAUAAAUCGCGAUCCAGGAAUUCGGUUCCCCAUCAAAGUCGACCUAGCUCUCCCCGCCCACAAAAUUUCACUUCUCCUCCAAUCCGAACUAGGCGCAAUCGACUAUCCCGAUAAUGACCAACUCCAAAAGCACAAGUUUACCUUCCAGCAAGACAAAACCUUAGUCUUUGCGCAUGUGAACCGCCUCAUGCGCUGUUUGAUCGACUGUCAAAUUUCCCGCGGUGACUCAAUCGCUAUUCGCAACUCCCUGGAACUCGCUCGGAGCUUGGGAGCGAAAGUCUGGGACCAUUCACCUCUCCAAAUGAAGCAGAUCGACCAAGUGGGUGUUGUUGCGGUUCGAAAGUUGGCUGCUGCUGGUAUUACCAGUCUUGAAGAUUUGGAAUGCGCGGAAGCUCAUCAGAUCGAGAUGGUUCUUAGCAAGAAUCCACCUUUCGGGUCAAAAUUGCUAUCGAGAUUGAAAGAGUUUCCGAAAUUGAGGGUUGCUGUGAAGAUGAUUGGGAAGGACAUAAAGUUUGACAGUAUGAAUAUCCGAUUCAAAGUUGAAGUCGCGUUCAUGAAUGACAAGAUCCCAAUGUUUUUCCAACGUCGGCCGGUUCAUGUAUGUUGUCUGACAGAAAGGUCUGAUGGACACAUGAUUGAUUUCCGGCGAACAAGUGCAAGCAAGCUCCAAGAGCGGCUGGAAUUGGAUCUCACUUCCGAAUUGACGAGCGCAGAGCAGGUCGUUGUGUGCCACGUUAUGUGCGAUGAAAUUGCCGGGACAUCAAGGCAAGCUGAACUUAGACCUAACCUUCCAUCCCAUCUCUUUGUUGGUAUACGCGACAAGAAUCUCAAUUUCCAAAAUCCCGGAAACCACAAACUUCAUUCGCUUAAAUCCAUUGCGACGCCAGAGACAUAUUUGAACCCCAAACUUGCAGAUGAACCCAAGACAAACAUAUCUCAUCCUCCCCGAAGAGAUUUGACUAGUAACAAUACCAGUCCUCAAGAUUUGGACGAUUUUGAAGGCGAUGACUUGCAACUGGACGACUUUCUCAUUGCAAAUGAAUCUCAUGCAAAAGCGAAGGAGUCUGCAAAACCAAAGACCUCACAAUAUGAUGAUUUUGACUGGUUCUCCAUUGAUUCAACUCCCCCUAGCCCAGUCAAGCGAGUGCCAAAGGCCACAGAUUCCCGAGAAGAUGACUGGGCCGCGGGUAUGGGCGAGCAAGAUGAAGAGGAGUACGAGCCAGUUCGGCUUGCGAACGGUAAAUGGGCGUGCAACCAUAAAUGCAAGGAUAAGACUAGCUGCAAACAUUUCUGCUGCCGAGAAGGCCUGGAUAAGCCCCCGAAGCCCCCGAAGCGAACAAUUCCCGCGACUCUAAAGGAAGGUGGACUCAACCAACUGACCAUUUCCGCCAGUAUCACGAAGAGCACCUCGGCAGGUAGCUUCAGUUUGGGUAAUCAAGGAGCUAAAGGAGAUAUUACGGAGCCCAAGGAUGACGACUCAUAUCUCAAGGUCAAGAAGGCCUCGAUAUCACAUGCAGCAAAGGGAAAUACAAAUCAAGCAAGAUCUGUUUUUUCGGGGGGAGACAAGAAUACCUUGCCACACAAGCAGAGGCAGCGUAAGCAGAGCCCGGUGAAAGAUCUGUCCAGUGAUUAUGGUGCUGAAGAUUUCGAUCUACUAUCGCCAUCAUGUCUUCUUGGAAUCAAAGAACCCGGGUCGCCCGAACCCGCAACUCACUCCACCGAUAUCAAGACACAAAAAAACAUCAAACUCGCUCCUACAUCUGAGAAUACGCCCGCAUAUACUUCCAGGCCAUCUGUUUCAGGAUCCAAGCCAUCUCGAAAAAGCCAAAGCAAGUUAGCAACCCCAAAACCCCAGCCUAAAGUAAUCGAGAUCAAAGAUGAUACACCACCAGGCUCAACAGGAUUCCCAAUUGCAGUCCACAAAAGCUCUUCUGCCAAGCAGAGUAAACUACCGCACCCAACAGGAAUACCUCAAACUCCCAAUCUAAAGCGAAGGGCAAGUCAAGAGGACCCUCAAGAUCAAUCACUACCGAAACGGAUUAGGCGAAGCUCCUUCAUCUCUGCUUCGCGAUCCCAGGCGUUAAAUGAGAUAACCCCGGAAGAGCUGCUGAAUACUGAGCAACUUGGUUCUGUGAUCGACGCCGGGAUGGAUUUGACUGCAGCAUGGGUUGAUGAUGGCAUUGAUCUAUUUGAUAACUUCAAAGACAUCAUUAACUACAUUUAG